AUGCCUCAGUUCACUUUCGCCUGUUUCUGUGGUCUUCACGGCUUCUGCAAGAUGAAGAGGAAGAAGGAAGACGUUCACAGAGAGAGGGAGACAGUGGUGUGA